AUGGAGCAAGAGCAAGAGGAGCAAGAGGAGACUCCUCGUCCAUGGAAUCGCAUAUUAAGUGCCAUCAUUGUCCUUAUUAUUGUAAUCAUUGGUGCGGUGUUGGGACCAAUUCUACAAACAAACAAAAGUGACCCUAAAUCUACAUUUUUGUCUAGGUGUAAGAAGUUCAAUCAAUAUGACUGUCAAAGGCUAUGGGAUGCCUUUGAGCAGGCCUAUGUGAACAAGGAUCCAUGUAACGUUCCAGUGGAAGCUUAUAAUGCCCUGAUUGCUGCAGCCCCCUUCAAACCUCAGUGCAACAAAAUGAUGUUCUGGAGCAAAACAAAGGAUGUGGUCCAUGGUUUCACUGCAAAGAGAAAAGAUUGUUUUGCCACUUUGGAGGACACUCUGUUGGGAUAUGCCCUGAAUGGUCUGACCUGGUGUGGAAAAGAAGGCAGCAACGAUACCUUCACUACUGGGUGCCCAAGAAAGUGUGAAAACAACCCUGUUGACUCAUUUUGGAAACGUGCCUCUGCUGCUUAUGCAGAUGUUGCCUGUGGUGAUGUCACGGCAAUGCUAAGCGGGUCCACCACCACACCAUUCGAUCCUACAAGUACUUUUGCAAGAGUUGAGGUGACGAGGUUUAAAGCCCCUAAGGUCAGGAGCCUAAAUGUUGUUAUGGUCAUACAGAAGAAUGCCAAGUAA